UUGUUGUAGAUGCUUGGAUAACAAUGUAUGCUGUGAGAGGAAAACUGCUCCGAUGUAUACCAGUACGUCAUGUGCUGCGUACAGCAUUCAAGUCGAGUGCUGCAGCGGAACCCUUCCUCAACGGAUCAUCCUCCACUUAUGUUGAGGACAUGUAUGAGAGCUGGAGAGAAGAUCCGUCCAGUGUACACAAAUCGUGGCAAAUCUUCUUCUCCCGGACGGAAGGAGGAGCAGGACCUGGAGAAGCGCAUGUUUCAGCACCCAACAUGCCUGUCUAUCCCAUGUUCGCACCAAGCGCUGCAGUUCCAAUGACGGAAGCUUCGGCUGGCGAUGCAAUACAAAGCACCAGAGCCGGACAGAGUAUGAUUCUGAAACAUCACAACUUUCAACGAUUACUGAGAGCAUAUCAGUCUUCUGGCCAUCACAUAGCGAAGUUGGAUCCACUUGGUAUUGGCUCUGCGGAUCUUGACAGCACGGUCCCAGAUAUACUCACUCUGGAAUACUACAACUUUACAAAACAAGAUAUGGACCAGUACUUUCAACUGCCAAAGUACACGUAUCUUGGUGGUGAUGAAAGGGAGCUCACUCUCAGGGAGACUAUCAACCGACUGGAGAGAGUAUACUCCGGAUCUAUUGGUGCAGAGUUCAUGCACAUGCACGAUCCUGGGGCAAGAGAGUAUAUCAGAAAGUGGGUUGAAAAACCCGGAAUAAGGAACAUGACCAGUGAAGAGAAGCGAAUCUUAUUAGCCCGACUUGUUCGAUCUACCAGAUUUGAAGAGUAUCUUGCGAAAAAAUGGCCUAGUGAGAAAAGAUUCGGGUUGGAGGGCUGUGAGGUACUGAUCCCAGCCAUGAAGCAGAUAAUCGACAUUGCUAACUCUCGGGGGGUUGAUAGUUUCGUGAUAGGAAUGCCACAUAGAGGCAGACUUAACGUGCUGGCUAACGUGUGCAGGAAGGAACUUGAGAAACUCUUCAACCAGUUCAACCCUGAUCUGACACCAGAGGAUGAGGGUUCUGGUGAUGUAAAAUAUCACCUUGGGAUGUAUCACCGCCGCAUCAAUCACCUGACCAACAAAGAAGUAGAGCUAUCAGUAGUCGCCAAUCCCUCGCAUUUAGAGGCUGUCAACCCUGUCGUCUGUGGUAAAGUCAGAGCAACCCAAUUCUUUAAUGGCGAUGAAGCUGGACAGAAGACCAUGGCUAUCCUACUGCACGGUGACGCGGCGUACAGUGGACAGGGAGUAGUGUACGAAACUAUGCAUCUCAGUGACCUGCCAAGUUACACUACUGGAGGCACAAUCCACAUCGUAGUCAACAAUCAGGUGGGUUUCACAACAGAUCCCCGAUUUUCCCGGUCCUCUCCCUACUGCACUGACGUUGCCAAAGUUGUUAAUGCUCCCAUACUUCACGUUAACGCUGAUGAUCCAGAGGCGGUUAUGCACGUGUGCAACGUGGCUGCUAACUGGCGCGCCGACUGGGGUAAGGACGUCGUGAUAGAUCUAGUGUGUUACCGACGAAACGGUCACAACGAGGCGGACGAGCCCAGUUUCACCCAGCCCCUCAUGUACAAGAGAAUCAGGGAGCUGCCCAAUGUGCUGAACAAAUAUGCUGACCAGUUGGUUGCGGAGGGAACUGUCUGUCAAGCUGAUAUUGACGAAGAGAUAGCAGCAUUCGAUAAGAUCAUGAACGAAGCUUAUCAGAAGAGUACUGCCAUCACCAAGAUGAAGCUCACUGAUUGGUUGGACAGUCCCUGGGACCAUUUCUUCGAGUGUGACGCGAACAAAGUGCCAAUUCUACGUGAAACGCCCCCCACCGGUAUCAGCGACAGUGUUCUGAAGAGAAUAGCAGAGACUUUCAGUGCUGAUCCCCCCAUCAAGGUUCAUCCGGGAAUCAAGCGUAUUCUGAAGGGACGAACAAAGAUGGUGGAGGCUCAGCAGGCAGACUGGGCACUGGGCGAGGCGCUGGCUAUUGGCUCCCUCCUCAUGGAGGGCUACCAUGUGAGGCUUAGUGGGCAGGAUGUGGAGAGAGGAACAUUCUCACAUCGUCACCACGUGUUGCACGAUCAGGACGUGGACGGAAGAGUGUACAACCCUCUGCAGAACCUGUCCUCCUCUCAGCAGAAAUACUCUGUCAGCAACAGCUCCCUCUCAGAGUUUGGAGUUUUAGGAUUUGAGCUGGGUUUCAGUCAACAUAACCCCAACUCCCUGGUGUGCUGGGAGGCCCAGUUCGGGGACUUCUUCAACACUGCUCAGUGUAUUGUGGACCAGUUCAUUAGCUCAGGACAAGACAAAUGGUACAGACAGAGUGGACUGGUGAUGCUCCUCCCUCACGGUAUGGAGGGCAUGGGUCCAGAACACAGUUCUGCCAGAAUGGAGCGCUUUUUACAGAUGUGCAACGACAAGGAGGACUCUAAGUACGAGGGUGUGAGUGCAGACCAGCAACUGUGGGACUGUAACUGGCAGAUAAUGAACAUUACCACCCCGGCUAACAUGUUCCACGCUCUCAGGAGACAGAUGCACAUGAAAUUCAGGAAGCCGCUUGUUGUAUUCACACCAAAAUCCCUUCUCCGCCACCCUCUGGCAAGGAGCUCUUUUGACGAGAUGACCCCUGGUACAUCCUUCAAAGCCAUCAUCCCAGAAGACCGUGACAUUUCGAACACUAAGAAACUCAUUCUCUGUUCGGGAAAAGUUUACUACGAUCUUUUGGAGGAACGUGCUAACAGAGGGUUGGAGGACAGUAUUGCCAUCACCAGGAUAGAGCAAAUCAACCCCUUCCCUCACGCUCUUAUAGACAGUGAACUUAACCGGUACGCUCCGGGCACUCAGAUCAGUUGGGUACAGGAGGAACAUAAGAACGCAGGAGCGUGGACACACGUGAAACCUAGACUUGAGAACCAUCUCACUGGAGAUAUCCACUGCGGAUACCACGGACGAGAGCCAGCUGCGUCUGCUGCGACAGGAAACAAGAAGCUCCACAAGACGGAGUAUAAGAAAAUGAUGGACGACAGUUUCGCUCUGUGAUCUGGACUACCUAUCAUGUCCUGAUCAGCCCCUCUGUGGCUAUAGCAGCCGAAUUAUCGUCAAUAUGGGAUUUAUAAUGGGUUUCGAUAACAACGUGAAACUGAGAUUGUUUUUGAAUAUUUAUAGGUUUUAGCCGUAGUUAAGUUGAAUUAUUAUAUUAAAAUAGUUUUCAACACAAUUAUAAACCUUAAAUAUGGCCCUAUUAUUUAUUAAAAUCGCUUUUAACACGAUGGUUAUUUCGGCGUCAUGAAGCAUGUAACUUUAACAAAACUGCAGUAUUUUCUGGGAAUAUUUGAGUUCGUAAACCACAGAGCUGCUUAAGUUUUUGUCGUGGGCCCGGAGCAACCGAGUUAUCCGCAGAAUGUGACUGUGAACCUAAUUUAAGGGGAGACAAUUGCGAUUUGGGCAUAUUUAUUGUGCCCCCUCGAACCUGUUUGUUCGGUGGUAUAAUGUAGGUAGGUCUGUACUCAACUGUGGGUUAGGAUCUAUCGAUGAUAAACAUCAAGCACUUUUGUAAAGUUGUAAAGUAUUUUGGAACUAUUUAAGAGAUGUUAUUUGUAAUAUCCGUUUGACUGCUGUCAAUCCUUAUUUUUUUCGCCCACCA